AUGGCCUCAUCAGCUGGGCAGGGGAGCUGGGAGCGUUGCAAGAGUGGAGCCCGGGAGUUGGAGCGGUCAAUUGAGGGUGGCAUUGCGGAGUUGAGUAAGAUGUCGGGGAGCGGAGAAAAAAGGGGUUCUACUGGAAUGGCAUUGGACGAUCAAGUGGAAAUCGUCACGACGUUGAUGGGUUCUACGGAAAGACAGUUGCGGCAAUUGCAAGAGGUCGUUGAUGAGAUGGGCGAAGCAGCGAAGGAGAAGUCGAGAUAUGCGUUAGUUCAACGCCACAGGGGAAUUCUAACGAGCAGCGAUGAUGAGAAGGAGGUUGUUGUUGCUUUUGAGUAG